AUGGUCAUGAUAAUCAACAACAAGAUAAAACCACCGGGGGGAGAACCAAUCUGGUCGUGGUACUCAAGAGCAAAGCAACUAGACUACCUGAAAGGGUUUCUCAAACCACUUGCAUUCGAGAAAGGAGAAACAGCUAAAGCCAAGGAUCCUGAGGAUAUAAUUGUUCUAUCAGAUACUGAGGAUGAAUUUAACCCAGAAAAUGUCACUGUAGAAAAACCUAUGCCCUUAGUCUCUGUAAAACAAGAACCAAUAGAUGAUGAACAUGAAAAAUUGCCUGUUCCUGAUAAAAAUCUACCCGUACCUGAUAAUGUCAAUCCAAAGUCUGAACCUCAAUUUGAACCAAAUCCUGAAACAACACCUACCAUCCCCAUUGAUGAUUCUCCAUUAGACUUUGAGUUUGAAACAGGAAAUCUUCCAGAAUUACAAGUUGCAGAACCAACUGAUGAAGAAGACAAUCUGCCUUUGUCCCAAGUGAAGAAGAACCAAGCAAAGGCUAAAGGGAAGAAGAAGAUUCAAGAAGAACAUGUGGACAAAAAUCCUGUGGCAAAAAUUCAAGUUUUUUCCGCCCCUGUUACCAGGCGAAAAACCAGUAAGAAGAGAAAGAAGAGCACCACUCAAACUCAGCAAUCUGAAAGCCAGCCGGAUGUUUCUGCCGUAACACCUCUUGAAGUAAUCACCCCUCAAUUCUUAUCUGAUAAGUAUGCAGCAAGAUGGGACUCAACAAACAAAAGGAAAAUCCUGAGCGAAAGGUAUCUUGAUGUUGAAAAGUUCAAGGCUCAGUGUCAACUUAUGCUAGUGUUUGAGAAGUUAAACCUUGUCAAGUCUGUAACAACUCAGACGAGCUAUCCACCUAUCGCCAUCAAGGAAUUUUAUGCAAACCUUCUGAAGACUAUCAAGGAGGCUGGCUCACAUGUUUAUAGACGUGUUUGGCUGAGGGGUAAAGAAUACAAUUUUGACACACGUACCAUCAAUCUGUAUCUGGGCAUAGAUGCAAGUGACAUUGAGGACCCUGUUAUUGGUGCGAACACAAUCACAAAGGUCAUUACAGGAGGAACAUACAACUAUUGGCCUGCUGAAACCAACAUGUUGCCAGCCAAAUCUCUCACAACAAAGUAUGCUAUUCUGCACAAACUAGCCAUGACAAAUUGGAUGCCAAAUGAACACCGAGGAGGAUUAAACUUUCUUAUGGCCACCCUGAUCUACAAGAUAGGCAAAGGUAUUCCUGUCGACUUAGGUGAUAUUAUCUUCAAACAUGUGGCAUCCUUUAGAAAACCAGAGUCUAAAGAGAGCAAGGUAAAACUGCCCUUUCCCUGCACAAUUUAUGGAGUUCUGCGCUCACAAGGGUUCAAACCAGAACCAAAUGAACCUAUGGAAGCACCACAAGUCAGAACAAUUGAUGCCAGACUCAAACAAGGGAGUCAUGUGCUUGACAUCUUUCCAGAACAUGCAAGUAGCUCAGCCCCAGCUCUGAACCUUGAAGUACCAUUUACCAGCAAACUCACAGCUCAGCACCUUGACAAAAGCAUCAGAGAUCUUAACACGAUCAUCCAGAUACUUGUUGAAAAGAGAACAAUUGAGAUGCAAUUGCGAGAACAAUUGAGAUUGAGAGACCAAGAGAUGACUGUUGCUGUUGCUGAAACACCCACUGAUCCAUCUACUGCACAUGAAGCUGAUUCCACCGCACCUGAAGCUGAAUCCACUACAAACAGUCAGGGGGAUGAAUCCUCAGAAUCUGAUUGA